AUAAAGAAAGAACAAGAAAUAAAAUCACAGUAUCAUAGUAGCUAGGAAAAGAAUACGAUACGAGAUUUAUUACAUCUUUACAUCGAAAAUGAAAGCAACAUUAGCAGCAUUUGUAGCAAUAUUUGCUGCAAUUUUAGUUUUCGUUUCUGCCGAAAUACCAACUUCAUGUCCAGAAGAAAAUGGAGAAGAUGCUAUUCUACUUCCAAAUCCAGAUGAUUGCUCAACCUUUUAUGAAUGCAACGAAGGAAAGCCAUUCUUAAUGGAAUGCAGUCCAGGACUUGAGUACAAUCCUGAGUUAAGAGUAUGCGAUUAUCCAAAUCCCAAUGCAACUUGCAUACAUCGCCCCCCAAGUUCAUCCACAAAAAAUCCUGAUCCUCAACAUCGACCGACAAGUCAGGUACCAUCUAAACGUCCACCACCACCAACAAGCAGU